AUGGUUAACGUUCCAAAGACCAGAAAGACCUACUGUAAGGGAAAAAAAUGCAGAAAGCACACGCAACACAAAGUGACCCAAUAUAAGGCAGGUAAGGCUUCUUUGUAUGCCCAAGGUAAGAGAAGAUAUGACAGAAAGCAAUCUGGUUACGGUGGUCAAACCAAGCAGGUUUUCCAUAGAAAAGCUAAGACUACCAAAAAGGUUGUUUUGAGAUUGGAGUGUGUUGUUUGCAAGACUAAAAUGCAACUUCCUUUGAAAAGAUGUAAGCACUUUGAGUUGGGUGGAGAUAAGAAGGAGAAGGGUGCAGCUUUGCAGUUUUAA